AUGGAUGACAAGAUACUCCAAGCGUCGGCAAAAUAUCCCAUUGUUGCCGGUCACGCCUACAAGUAUGGCACGGCCGGCUUCCGAAUGAAGGCUGACUUGCUGACCGGCGUUUCAUUCCGUGUUGGUCUGCUCGCCGGCCUGCGAAGCCGCAAACUCAACGGUCAAGCCAUCGGUGUCAUGAUCACCGCCAGUCAUAACCCAGCGCCCGACAAUGGCGUCAAGAUUGUCGACCCCAUGGGCGAAAUGCUCGAGCAGGAGUGGGAGGCGUACGCUACCCGCCUGGUCAACUGCCCUACCGACCAGGAGCUGCUGGACACUUACAAGGCCCUCGCCGCCCAGCUCAAGAUCGACAUCAACACCCCCGGCAGGGUCGUCUACGGCCGGGAUACUCGCCCUUCGGGCCACAGCCUGGUAUCUGCCCUGGCUGCGGCUCUGGAGGCCACAGGAACCGAAUACACCGACUACAAGAUCUUGACCACGCCCCAGCUGCACUACUUGACCCGCUGCGUCAACACCGAAGGCACCCCCAAGGCCUAUGGCGAAACCAGCGAGGCUGGAUACUACAAGAAGUUUUCCGAUGCCUUUGUUCGUGCCCUGCGGGGCAAAAAGGUCCAGGGCCAACUCACCGUCGAUUGUGCCAAUGGCGUUGGCGGGCCCAAAUUUUCCGAGAUGCUCAAGGUCAUUCCCAAGGACGUGACGGGCUUUGAUGUCAAGGUUGUCAAUGACGACGUCCUCCGGCCCGAGGUUCUCAAUCUCGACUGCGGCGCCGACUACGUCAAGACCAAGCAGAGGGCUCCCCAAAACCCCAAGCCAGUCCCCGGAGCCCGCUGCUGCUCCUUUGAUGGCGAUGCCGAUCGUCUGAUUUACUACUGGGUCGACCCGGACACGGGUUUCUUCAUGCUCGACGGCGACCGCAUCUCUUCCCUCUGCGCCUCCUUCAUCGGCGACCUCAUCCGGUCCGCUGGCCUCGAGGACGAGCUGCGAAUCGGCGUCGUCCAGACUGCCUAUGCCAACGGAGCCAGCACCAACUACAUUGAGAAGCACCUCCAGCUGCCCGUCGUCUUCACGCCCACCGGGGUCAAGCACUUACACCACGCUGCAUGCCAGUUUGACGUGGGCGUCUACUUUGAAGCCAAUGGCCACGGAACCGUCGUCUUCUCACAAGAGGCCAUGCGCACCUUCAAAGAGAAGGAGCCCCAGUCUCCCGCCCAAAAGGAUGCCCUGGAUACCCUCGCUGCCGUCGGCGACUUGAUCAACCAAACCGUGGGAGACGCCAUCUCCGACAUGCUCAUUGUCGAAGUUGUCCUGGCACACAAGGGCUGGACCCUCAAGGACUGGGCCAUGACGUAUACUGACCUGCCCAACCGCCUGGUGCGCGUAGAGGUUGGCAACAAGGAUCUAUUCCAGGCGACGGAUGCCGAGCGACGUCUGAGCCACCCGCCUGGCGCCCAAGACGAGAUUGACCAGGUUGUGCAAAAAUACACGUCGGCCCGUUCGUUUGCUCGUGCCAGCGGCACCGAAAACGCAUGCCGAGUGUACGCAGAGGCCGCCACUCGCUCCGAGGCGGAUGAGCUGGCAAACAAGGUUGCCCAGAUUGUCAAGCAGUUUGGAUCUUAG